AUGGGGGUAUUCGAUCCAACAAAACCUAUCUAUACUGGUCAUGAGAAUGUUGAGGAAUUUUUAAUUUACUUUGAAGCAUAUGUUAAUGCCAAUGAAGAGGGUAGGCUAGUUACAAAGGAGGCUGGUGAAAUUCUAGUCAUUCAGGAAGUAAGGAAGGAGAAAGUUUCAGAUGUAAGAUGUGCUGAUAUAAAGUUUUUUGAAGUUAUGGAAAAAGUGCUGAAAAAAGAUAAUGAAUAUCUUUUGAUACAUAUAAAUGAAGAUGAGAAGUUAUUUGAUAUUAGAACUCUUGGUAAAAGGUGGCGUCCAAAUAUAGAUGAAGAAAAAAUUAUAUCUAAAAGGAGGAAGAGCAAAGAAUCGAUAGAAUUUAUUAGCCUAAUUAAUAAAAAAGCUCCUACCAAAGAAUCAGUCAUGUAUAUACUAAUGACUGAGCUGAGUCAAGAAAUUGACAUUCUCAAGCUAAUAGCUGAAAAAGAAAUAACAAUCACAUUGGGUCAACUGUUCAAAUGGUCUCCCAAGGCCCGUAAUGAAGUACUUAAGAAAAAUGAAUUAAAAUUAGAUGAUAUACUAAUGAGUACACCUAAAAUUAAUAGUGAAACAGUUUCAGUAUCUGUAGAUCUGAGGUCAUAUUUAAAUCUGAUGCAUGAAAGAUAUGUACGAAAAUAUAGUUUUGUCUGGCAACCAGCGAACAAAAGAGGAUGCAUAGCAGAUAAUCAGUUGAAUAAAUUUGUAGAGUGUAUAACAAACAUUGAAGUGGAUAUAAAAGGUAUUGUAGUGUAUCAGGAAUUUUAUAUCUUGGAAGCUGUGAGAUUUGAUAUAUUGCUUGAUGAAGGAAAAGCAGUAUUUAUAGCUUCGAUAGUACCAAAUAAUUGGAUAAGUGAAAACAAAGAAUAUAGUGAGAGUGAAGAGGAAGAUGUUGAAGGCUCGAACGUUGAUAACUUAGUAGUUAGAGAAAUUAGUGGUAUAGAUAUUGAUCACAUGAUUGAUCAAAAGUAUGAAGAGAGAGUUGUAUGUUGGUUAAAGAAAGAUGAAAAUGAAGACAGAACAAUCAAGGGGAUGGAGCUGGAGUUGAUAAUACAGCUCACAAAAGAGAAUUGCAGCAUGGUGAACAUUGGGAAUUCCUUGUCUGAAAUAGAAGAACAACAAUUACAGGAGCGCUUAAUUAAGAAGAUACUAAAUGUGUUUGCUUUCGAUUUGUCCGAGAUUAGGAAAACUGAUCCAGUUCAAUAUGAAGUUCAUACAGGUAGAAAGAUGAUACCUCUGACGCUACUAGAAAAGGGAACAGGACAAUACGCAUAUCACUGUUUCCCAGUAAGGAAAAAGGAGGGAGAUACAGAUCAUUUCCAAAUUGUCAGUGAUAUGAGGCCUCUUAAUAAAUACAUCAUUAAAGAUAAUGCUUUUAAGAGGUACUGGCAAAUUUGCAUUCAAGAGAAAGAUCGGAAUAAAGUUGCCAUUUCAAUAUUAUUAGGAACACUCCAAUAUGCUGUAAUGUGUAUGGGCCUUAAAAAUGCUAAUGAGACUUUUCAGUGUUUAAUGGAUAUAAUAUUAGAAGGCGAAGAAUGGAAAGAGGUUGCAGGGGCAUAUCAAGAUGAUAUCAGGUUGUAG